UCUAAAACCAGAAAAGAGUCCAUUUAAUGACAGUCUACGAACUGCCCACGGCUACACCUAACAGAAAUUCUGAGUGUCUAUUUUGGACAAUGAAAUCCGAUAGACGGCCAUCUAUACAUGAUCUGAGCAGGCAAAGCCUUCAGCAGAAGGACAGCUGGAAUGGACCACCAUUUAAUGCCAUCUAUGCAGGUAUCGCGGCACGUUUUCAUGUCUUUUCUACUAGAGCAUCUUUUGCUAUUGCCGUGCGCGAUAGCUCAUAUUUACUCGACUUUGCGCAGUAUGACUUGCCCUCUGGUAGUGGUCGCCAAGACUGGCCGGAUUUUUCAGGUUUCGUCCUGGCCAAGUUGAGGGAGUAUCAGGAAGAGCACCUUGAGAAAUUCAUCGGCGUGGCGAUGCAGGCUGGCUUAGCCGAGAAGUGUCCGGAGCUUUGUUCCCGUCUUUGGCUGGAGCUCGAUAUCAUUCCCAUCGUACUGCGCAAGGCAGAGGAACAUGUGAGCUGGGGCUUGUACGAGGAAGAUAUAUCAUAUAUGUCGCUGGAUGAGCAAGCUGAGUCAAUCGCAAGAAAGUGUAUUAGAUUUUUCGGCCCCAGCAAGGCUCCCAUUCCAGAGAUCGGGUUUCAAGGCCUUGUCGAGGUCGAUGCCGCAUUCCAUGUGAGACUGACGAGACUUGCUGAUUAUGAUAAAACCGUUCGAGCCACAACGUGGAACGCCGUUAACAAUUACGCGAGCGACCUGAAAAGACGGAGAGUAAAAAUAGCCUUCUUCAGUGCUACUCCCCAGGGCGGUGGCGUUGCGCUUAUGCGCCAUGCCAUGGUUAGGUUUGCGAGAGCAAUUGGAGUUGACCUUAGGUGGUAUGUCCCGAAGCCAAGACGUAGUAUCUUCCGCGUAACCAAGAACAACCAUAAUAUACUACAGGGGGUCGCCCCUGCCGGUACUCGAUUCACCAAGGAGGACAGGGAUCUUCUUUGCGAUUGGGUGCUUGAAAACGCAAGACGAUAUUGGCUGAGAGCAAAGGGCGGCCAGUUUUUCGCAUUGGUUGAGAAGUUCGGCCCACAACUUUAUCCCUGGCUUGCAAAACAUGGCCCGCCGCCGCCCCCCUGGAUCGAGAAGAAUGGCCCUCUGGUUCCUCCUUGGGAGGGCGGCGCCGACGUAAUCAUUAUCGAUGACCCGCAGCUACCGUUCUUGAUUCCCUUUAUCAAGGAACAGACUCCAGAUCGGCCAGUCAUUUUUCGCAGCCAUAUACAGAUCAGAAGUGACUUGACUGACACACCUGGGACUCCCCAGGCGGAGGCCUGGGGAUUAUUAUGGGAUGCGAUCAAGCAGGCGGAUCUGUUCAUCAGUCACCCUGUACGUUCGUUUGUUCCUAAGGAUGUACCCCAGGAGAAGCUUGGAUAUCUUCCAGCCUCUACAGACUGGCUAGAUGGGUUGAACAAACCAAUGACAGACUGGACCGCCAGUUGUUAUGGGCGGGUCUUCAACGCAAGAUGUAGACAAGAAUUCAUGACGAGCAUAAAUUAUCCAGACGGUCAGCCACCCUGGUACCUAGUUUCCUGUUUUCUCUCUGAGCUGACGGAACAACGCACAUAUUGGUCAACCUUAGAGACUUACAUCGCCCAAGUUGCCCGUUUUGAUCCUUCCAAAGGAAUUCGAGACGUUCUUAUAUCAUAUGAGUUAUUCCAUCGGCGGCUCGUGGAAUCCUGUCCUGGCUUACGGCCCCCUAAGUUACUUAUCUGUGGACACGGAUCAGUGGAUGACCCAGACGGCUCACUUGUGUGGGACGACACUUUGGACUUCAUUGAGCAGCAUCUGAAGCCCUUACAGUCACUCAUCUGCGUCAUGCGGAUUGAUCCCAGUGACCAGAUGCUUCAUACUCUCCUGUCCAGAGCAAAAGUUGUCCUUCAACUCUCUACGCGUGAGGGUUUUGAGGUCAAGGUUUCAGAGGCAUUACAUGCUGGCAAACCUGUAAUUGCCACGCGAGCCGGUGGCAUUCCAUUACAGAUCCAACACGGUAAAAAUGGUUUUCUGGUCAAUAUUAGUGAUACCAACGCAGUGGCGGAGCAUCUUCUUGAACUAUGGACAGAUUCAGAGUUGUAUGAGCGGAUGAGCAGCUACGCAGCAAAACACGUGAGCGAUGAAGUCAGCACGGUAGGGAACACCUUGUCGUGGCUAUACCUGGCGUCCAAGCUAUCGAAGGGUGAAAGAAUCCGACCCAACGGAAGUUGGAUAAAUGACUUGGCUCGCGAAGAAGCAAAGGAGCCGUACCAGAAGGAUGAGAACAGGCUUCAGAGAGUAUUGGCAACAUAACAGGAGAUUCGAGUCAGACAUGCCAUGGUGCAAAUAUGGUCGAACUUGAAAAAGCAGGUCGAAUAAUGACAGGCUUAUGUUUCUCGCUCCAAGUGAAGAAGGAAAAGCAGAAGAUAUUUUUCCCUUCCGACUCCAGUGCCAUCUGGGCGGAUAGUGUUGAGACUUUUAAUUAACCCCCUUUUUUUUUUUCUUUUUCAUAU